AUGCUGAUAACGGCACAGCUGGCAAUAGACGAUAUGAGACUAGAUAUGAGAUAUGGUCAGCCACCCGAAGUAUCAAACGGCAUAAUUGAAGGGACGAGGAUGCAAGGGCGAGCCAACGUACGACUCGAGAAAGGACCAGAGGUGAGGAUUCACAACAUCCAAGAUCUUGCUAGUGUUCAUGUCCGAUUCAGAGAGCUAGCAGAAGCGAGGAUCGAUCGACGAGCACAAUAUCCUUCCAUCCUCAUUGCGGACAAGCACGAGUAG